AUGCCACCGCCUCAACCCCCGGCCGCCCGUCGCCAGCUCCAGACACGCUGCUCAAUUCAGCGUCGGCCGGCAGUGUCUCUGGUUUCGACAUUCUCUUGCCGGCGGGAUGAUGAAGCCGAACUUACUGCUGAGUAUGCUCGCCGACGGCAAUAUGGUGAAGUCCACGCAAAUCGACCACUGGACUGCCUCCGGCCUCCACCUCAACAUCCGGCAGGGUCUCCACGGCCUCUAUUGGGGCUGACGGCGCCCCAUACCUCUUUGAGACAUUCUUCGACAGUCACUGCAGCAAGCGGAGUGGGGGGCGGCGGAAUCUUCUCGGCGGGUGGAGGGGAUAUAUGCUGCAGCAGGCGGAGUGACGACGACAGCGGGAUCUUCGCGGCAGAGGGGCGGGAGAGAUAUGUUGCAGCAGGCGUGGUGACGACGGCGGAUUUCAUGACGGUGGGCAGUGAACGAUGUCGAGCAGAGGAUUUCAUGGCGGUGGUAGCGGUUCACUCCCCGCCGAUCUGUGCCGUCGCCGACGACGGCGGAUCUGCAGCUUGUCCGAGGGUGGUGGAGGUCACCGGCGGGAGAGUAGAGGCGGCGACAGGCGGUGGGGACGACCGGCGGCCGUGUAUGUGUGUUACCAUUUCAAUGAAUGUGUGUAUGUGA